GGUCUCCAGUUAGACCCCUUUUCUCACGGGCGCCCUUACCGCCGCUCUCCGUUGGGGUUUUGUUUCGUUUUAUUUUCCACCGUGGAAACCAAACGAGACAACGGAACAAAGUAGUUCGCCGUUUCCGUGCGGAAAAGACGUCCAGUUACCUUCAGGCUACAGGUAAGGCAUGGGCUGACGGAAAGGGACCAAUCACCUGACGUGAUGUUGGCCCGUAACUGCUUCGUCCUCCUGGUGGUGGCGAGUGGGACAGUACUGACCAUCGUCAGUUUCAGCCUCCAGUUCUUCAGUGAAAUCACUACGACUCCUGUUGUAGAGGAGAAACCUCUCCAGGCUGCAAAUGGAGCUGUCGGUGUGUCUCAAGUCAAGAGCAGAAAGCGAGUGUUUCCAGUGCCUCAAACUCAGAAUCCCAACCCUAUACAUGAAGCUGUUGGCUACUGCAACAUCCCAAAUCGCACUGAACAAGCAUGGGAAGGUCACAGUCCGGCAGAUUAUACGCUGCUGUCUGUCCAGAUAAUGAUUCGCCAUGGGGACCGUUACCCUCUCUACUCUAUUCCCAAGACCAAGCGGCCAGCCAUCAACUGUACCCUGUCAAUUACAAGGAAUCCUUCGCACCCUCUGCUGAGCGCCUUCAUUAGUCACAUGGGCCAAGGAGGCCGUGGGCACUGGGAGUCUUCUUUGGCUUCUGUCCCUCGCCUACCCAACCACAGCGCUUGCGAGAUGGGAGAGCUCACACAAACUGGAGUGGUGCAGCACUUACGUAACGGACAACUCCUCCACCAAGCCUACCAGCACCACCGCCUUGUCCCCUCCAACUGGUCACCUCGCCAGGUGUGGGUAGAAACUACAGGGAAGAGCCGCACUCUUCAGAGCGCACUUGCCUUCCUCUACGGCUUCCUCCCAGAAUUCGACUGGAAGAAAUUGACCGUGCGUCACCAGUGGAGCGCUCUGUUCUGCGGCUCUGCCUGCGACUGCCCGGCCAGGGGCCGAUACCUGGAGGAGGAGCAGAGAAGGCAGUAUCGUCUCAGGGUGGCCGAUGCAGAACUCGACAGAACCUACGCCGACAUGGCACGCGCUUUGGGUAUUCCCACACGCAAUCUCAGAGCCGCAAACCCGAUAGACUCCCUGCAGUGCCACCUGUGCCACAACCUUCCUUUCCCAUGCGCGUCCAUGAAAGACGGUAGCGCAGGCGGGUGUCUAACAACGGCCCAGUUCGCCGUGAUUCGACGGCAACAGCUGGAUGACGAGGUGGAUCGGAGAAGAGCGGGACUCUAUCGUAAGUACGCCAUCCUGGCUAUGUACCCCUACCUCAACAAAACCGCCGGCAAAAUGGAGCGCCUUGCCAAGGCAGGUAAACAAGCGGCGAAAGCGAGAGGAGACGAUGUGUUCACCCUCUCCUCCGCCCACGACUUGACCGUGGCGCCUUUGCUGAGCGCCCUCGGUCUGGAGGAAGCCGUGUUCCCGCCAUUUGCCGCAAGACUGGUGUUUGAAUUGUGGAAGAGCCCCUUAGGGACUCAGGCGGAGAAGAAGCGGGUUCUAAGAGGUGAGAAGCUAAAAGUAAGAAAUGGAGGAUAUUUCAUCAGGUUGCUGUACAAUGGAGAGGAUGUGACUUUCCACACCGCUUUCUGCAGCUCCAUAGUCCGCAGCGCCAGCCAGCCACUCUGUCCUCUGAAGAACUUCCUGUCUUUCGUCAGGAAAGACGUGCUCGUUGUUGUCAAUGCUACGUCCUACCAGGAGGCCUGCUUUAGGCACUGAAAGAUAGCCUGUUAUUACACUUUCUGUUUGUUGUCUGCUAGUGUGGUAUUAUAUGAAUACAGUGCUACCUUGGUUCUCAUACGCCCCUGUUUUGACUAAUAGUUUUGACAAAAUGGUAAAUGGGGGUAUACUUUUAUAGCGCUUUUCUGCCUUCAAGGUACUCAAAGCGCUUUGACACUAUUUCCACAUUCACCCAUUCACACACACAUUCACACACUGAUGGUGGGAGCUGCCACGCAAGGCCCUAACCACGACCCAUUAGGAGCAAGGUUGAAGUGUCUUGCUCAAGGACACAACAGACGUGACGAGGUUGGUAGAAGGUGGGUGUCGAACCAGGAACCUUUAAGGUUGCUGGCACGGCCACUCUCCCAACAGCGCCACGCCGUCCCCCAAAGUACCCGAACAAAGAAUCUUAUGCGUCCGUGACUCGGUCUGUGUAAGUUUUUACAAGUAUGACAGCAAGAUAAGCUACCGUGGGUCAUAAAAAAAGUUGCAAAUAGCAGCACUUUGAUAAAAAAAAAGUUAGAAACAUCGAGUGGAAGAAAAAACAUGUAGUGUCAUCCCUUCCUCUCAAUUCAAUGAAGGUAAAAAAUGAUGUACAGUCGUGGUCAAAAGUUUACAUACACUUGUAAAGAACAUAAUGUCAUGGCUGUCUUGAGUUUCCAAUCAUUUCUACAACUCUUAUUUUUUUGUGAUAUUUGUUGGUCACAAAAAACAUUCAUGAAGUUUGGUUCUUUCAUGAAUUUAUUAUGGGUCUACUGAAAAUGUGACCAAAUCUGCUGGGUCAAAAAUAUACAUACAGCAAUGUUAAUAUUUGGUUACCGUUUAAGUCAGGACUUUGGGAAGGCCAUUCUAAAACCUUAAUUCUAGCCUAAUUUAGCUAUUCCUUUACCACUUUUAACGUGUUGUCCUGUUGGAACACCCAACUGUGCCCAAGACCCAACCUCCGGGCUGAUGAUUUUAGAUUGUCCUGAAGAAUUUGGAGGUAAUCCUCCGUUUUCAUUGUCCCAUUUACUCUCUGUAAAGCACCAGUUCCAUUGGCAGCAAAACAGGCCCAGAGCAUAAUACUACCACCACCAUGCUUGACGGUAGGAUUUGGUGUUCCUGGGAUUAAAGGCCUCACCUUUUCUCCUCCAAACAUAUUGCUGGGUACUGUGGCCAAACAGCUCAUUUUUUCUGUCAUCUGAUAUCACAUGGACAAAGAUAAGACCUUCUAGAGCUGGGGUCCCCAAACUACGGCCCCAGCGUCCAAAAUUAGGCAUAUAUAUAUAUAUAUAUAUAUAUAUAUAUAUAUAUAUAUAUAUAUAUAUAUAUAUAUAUAUAUACACAGCCCGGCCCCCGGCCAAAUUGUUUUAACCCAAUGCGGCCCCCGAGUCAAAACGUUUGGGGACCCCUGUUCUAGAGGAAAGUUCUGUGGUCAGAUGAAACAACAACAACAAAAAAUAUAUCUAUAUAUAUUAUAUUAUUAUUAUAUUAUAGAACUGAUAAUGUUUUUUUAAGUAACCAGGGUGACACACUUUUAUAAAACUCAUUAUACUCAAUUUAUAAUUUUCUAGUAUUAUUAUAAAUCCGAUGUAUUGAAUUUGUGGUACUGAAUGCUACAUACGAUAUUUUUAAACAAAAUAAAGUGGCUAGUGCCCUAGUGCACCAUAACCAAACAAAAGCAACAACUACUAUUGGCUUAUCCAGACACUUACUCCCAGACUUUGUAAACAGUAACAAAACCGAUCAAAAAAAAAAAAAAGAUUUUGAAAUAAUAAAAAUAAUAAAAAGAAAAAUAUCAAUCUAAUUAUUUUAGUAUAUUGUAUAUACUGAUACUAUACUAGGUAUAGGUGGUAUUAACAUCUGAAUCAAUCACCUCUGCUGCACAUUGAAGCUUUAGCAGUUAACUUCUUGUGUUGUCCUGCUUGGUGUGUGUUUGUAUCAUGCUUAGCCAUCCCUUUUCCAAAAAUCCCCCAGUGGAAGAAAAUGUUUGUUUUCUGCCAUAGUGGUGAGGAUUAAUGUCUCGUGGACAAGCGACGCGGUCGUUGCAGCUUGCUCUCAAAUUCCAGCAAGUGUCCUGGAUAGACAGGCACCCCCUGGAAUUAACAUUUAACAUCUAACCUCCUGCAUGAUCGGGAUUGAAAACUAUAAUUCUCUAUAAAAUGUUUUGUGUUCAUAUCUACAUUAUUUCUUACAGGGACAAUUGAUUGGUACCAUUUAAACCUUUCGGAACGGAUUCCUAACUGAAACCGAGGUACCACUGUAUGUAUUUCCACUCAGAUAUAUAGUGGUAAACGCUUCAAACAUGUCAAUGAGUAUAUUGUUUACAAUCAAUUCACUAACAACUCUACUUUGUUUUUACUUGUGACAUUGUUAUGGAGCUGCAGAUGUUAUUACCAAGAAGGUCGAGUUUCUUAAAUACAGUAACAUACAUUAAAGUGUCAGUUGUCAAACAUAAAUGUAACAUAGAACAUCAAGGUAGUCGCACUAAGACACUUUAUUCUUACAUUGUACCAGUCAUUCUGUACAUUCCAGGAAAUUGUCAUUUUACAAAUAUUCUUGCAAAAAAGUCAAAUACUAUG